AUGCAUUCUUCAAAUUCACAACACCACCGAUUUCGACUCCUAAAAAAAAUUCCAGAUACAGAAGAAGGUCUUCCUCCAGAGCCUCAUCCUGCAUAUCCUUUUCCAGUUGCAAAGCUCCCAUCGCACUUCUCCGAAUAUUUCAAUUUCCUCCGACUCGAGUUACUAUUUUAUCGCGUGAGAUACACAAUCAAGCGCGAACCAACACAUACCGUUAUCAAUACGCCACGCUAUACAACAGUUUUUGGGGUCGAUACCACAUCCUACUUUUCAUUCUCAAAAACCGGUAGCAAUAGUAGAAAGCUAUUAGACAACAAAUCUCUCCAGCCCGUUAAAAUUGAUAAAUACCAAUAUCUUCCACGCCCAAUACCCAGCUGUUUGGAUUUACUCAGCAAACAAGUUGAAGAUGUCCUGGUCAACUACUAUGCAUCGGGAUAUGACAGUAUUUCGUAUUAUUCCAACGACGAGCAAUUUCUUGGGGCAACCCGGAACAUUGCAAGCCUAACCCUGGAUGCAAAGCGAGACUUUUUGAUGAAGCACGAGCCACCUUUAACCACUCCUGCUAAGACAUGGGGGGAGGCGAGUCAUGAUCGGAUAAAUAUCACAUUGCAGAAAGCGACCGUGCCUGAAGGAACAGAAAACUAUUACCGGUAUAAUAUUGGUGACGGUGGUAUUUAUCGUUGGAAUCAGACACAAGGACCGACUGUUCUAUGUAAAUAAAUCUGAAUUGAUAGCAAUUGUUAACAUUCUCC